AUCAAUGAACUACCCAAAUUAGGUAAAAUGGAGCAAUGAGUGUGUGGAUGAAAGAUACUCAUUUUUAGUCUUGAACAACUGUAAAGAUGAAAAUUAGUCGAAAUUCACCCUCCCGUCGUUGCCUCGCUCCAUCUAUAUAAAUGGAUCCUUCAACAACCAUUUUCAUUCACCUCAUCACUCAUUUAAUUCUUCUCACUCCUGAUUAUAAAUCAUCUGGAAAUGGCUAAUCUGGCAUUUGUUUUUGGCCUUUUAGGAAACAUCGUGUCAUUCAUGGUCUUCCUUGCUCCAAUUCCAACAUUUUACCAAAUCUACAAGAAAAAAUCAACCGCAGGGUUCCAAUCGCUCCCAUAUAUUGUGGGGUUGUUCAGUGCGAUGCUGUGGAUGUACUACGCAUUUCUGAAGCCCGACACGACCCUCCUCAUCACCAUCAACUCGGUUGGCUGUUUCAUUCAGUCUGCAUACAUCUCCUUCUACCUUUUUUUCGCAACCAAAGACGCUAGGAUCCAAACUGUGAAGCUGCUUCUUUCACUGAACGUGGUUGGAUUCGGACUAGUUCUGUUCCUAACACAAUUCUUUGCAACUGAAGCAAACCGUGGCAGUAUUGUGGGAUGGAUUUGCCUUGUCUUCUCUCUCUGUGUGUUCGUCGCGCCACUAGGCGUCGUGAGACAAGUGAUAAGAACGAAGAGCGUGGAGUACAUGCCGUUUCUUCUCUCGUUUUUCCUAACCCUAAGCGCGGUUAUGUGGUUCUUCUAUGGAUUGCUACGCAAAGACUAUAAUAUUGCUAUUCCUAAUAUUCUGGGAUUCAGCUUCGGAGUGAUUCAAAUGGUGCUUUAUUUGAUCUACAAAAAAGCGAAGAAAGGCGGGUUGCAAGAGAAGCAGUUGUCUGAAGUACUAGAGGUUAAAAUAGAGGAUCACAAGAUAAGUGAAUUGAAGGAACAGAUCAUUGAUGUUGUUAAGCUGGGAGGAAUGGCUUUGGAGAUUAUUCCUCUAGUUGCAGAUGAAGCCAUUAUUCUUGGAGGGGAGAAAACCUGCAACCUAGAAUGAUGAAUAAUAAAUUACUCCAUUUGUGUUGAAUUAGUUGGAUUUGGAAGUGGCAUAAGAGCCACAUUGCUUUAAUUAAUUUCUAGAUUGUUAUGAGUUUGGCAUUUUGGCAUUAGGUGUAUGUCAUUUGGAAAGGUCAAGUGUAAUAUAUGCUUCGAUUAAUUAAACAACUGCUGCUUUAAUUA